UGAAGUCUUAUAACACCGCUCCCAAUAAAAAACCUAGUUUCUCUCUAGCUCGACGCCGCCGCAACCAACCCUAAACCCAGAUUUCGUUUUGCCUCUCCGGUUACCGGCUCCGGCCGGUGCCGGUGCCUUCACCUCCUUGUCUCCGGCGGCGUAAAGGAGGGUUUCAACGGCAGUGACGAGAUGGUGCGGUGGAGGACGAUACAGAAGGAGAUCUCGGCUCUCUUUUCGUUUUGGGACUGGCGAUGGUUCGAAGCUUCCUGGUAUCGGAUCUGGGGAGCCAAAUCGAGCCCUUCCGCUUCCCUUGUUCCUCCCGCCAGAGAUCCUAACCGUCCGAAGUACAAUGGCCGGAUUUCCCGACAGUCUCUUCUAAUCUCGGGUCAGUCCGGCGAAGAAGCAAGGCAACAAGGCAAAGGCGAUAGGGCUAAUCCGGAAAUGCACUGGGAGGUGAAGACCGGAACAAUGAAAGCCGGGGAACCAACUCUUUCUGAUAAUGCGCCUCAGGGUGGUGAUACUAUUGGGACAAGCUCUACAUUCCGAUCAUAAGGGAUUAAUAGUUUGGGCUGUUUUGUAAUUCAGAUUAGAUUUAGGUCUUCUCCGUGUAAGUAAUUGUUCUCGUGUCAUUAGAGUCUUUUUAGGUGGUUUAAGAGAUGAUUCAACACCGUGUUGUGGUGUGUUUCAUCUCGCAGUGGUUGAAAAAAUACAUGACUUACGU